AGCUCGCAACCUACGAUGAAAAAAGUGUGGAGGCGGGGCGGCUCGCGGGAGUUCAACUUCUACUUUUACAUAAUCUCUGCUUUAUGCUUACAUCACUUCUUUUCUUCUUCUUCUUUUACAAGUUCAUAAGUAUUUCUCUGCGCUUCUUUCAGAUCCUGACGACCUUCGGCUUCUCAAGGACAUGCGCACAAGGACAUUGAGACAUGCAGAAUAAUUGGCAGUUAACGACUUAAAUUCAGAACAUCUGAUGCACGUAGUUUACAAGGAAUCAAAGGAUGGGAUUCUGGAAUUACUAAUACCAUAUACCUUCACAAGCUCAUUAGUCUUAAGCUUUGAAGAAGACAGAUUCUAGGAAGACCCCUGACUGAGAAUGUCGGGGUUUCUAGGAGUGUUCAUAUUUUUCCUUUGAAGUUAAUUUUAUCUGUGAAAUUACACUACUGUAGAUUAGAGCAGGUGAUGGAAAUGGCUGUUUGUAAUGCAAAAGCUUGUUUGGAAAAGAAAAGGAAAAGAAAGAAAAGAAGGAGGGGUAACGCCACUAGAGGUGGUCACCGAGGUUGUGAUCCUGAUGAAAAUGAUGCUUCAACAGAAAAUAAUGUUUCUCAAGAAUCUCCAAAAAAAAUGUGUUUAAACAUGAAGCCAGAAAUAGGACAAUCUCAUUUUGAAGUAAAUAUACUAGGGGAAAAGAAUGAGAAGAAGCACUAUGAUUUACAAUGUGGAGAAGCAUCUGGAAUGUCCGUCUUGACCCUAUUGAACGUUGAAGUUCUUAAAGAAGAUGAUGAAGCAUCUACUUCCCCAAAUGCAGAUGUUUAUUCAGCAGAUGGAAAGGAAAAUUCUUUAGUUCCCGAGGAUCCAGAUGGGAAAGGUACUAAUAUGGUUAAACGAGAUGAUGAGAAUACAGAGACUGUAGGUCAUUCAACUCCUUCAAGCCAUAUCAAAACCCAAAGGAUAAGGAAAAGAAAGCGUCGUCGUGGAAAGGGAAGGUCCUUAGAGUCCCCUAAAAAAAAUUUGGAAACCAAUGUGGAGGACGAAAAGAAAGUUUCUCUAUUGAACCACCCUCAUGAAGAGGAGACAAAUGACCACCUUAAAAAUUUUGUAACAGAAGAGGUUACGAAUGGGGCUUUGUUGGAAGAAUCAGUUGACUGCUCAAUUAGUGAAAAAACAGAGUUGUCUGCAAAUACGAAGGAAAUCUCUAUGGUUAUUGCAGAUCCUCAUAGGUCCAAGGAUUUUGAAAAUGCUACCAUGAUUAAAAUACCUGAUGACUGCUUAGAGACUAAGCAUUGUUUUGCUCAAUCAAACAGUGAUGAUACCCGUGGCAAAAGAAGAAGAGUGAGAAAAAGAGGUCAAAGAAGGAGAAAGUUUGCAGGUUCCUUUGAAGGAAGUUUGAAUUCUGAAGUGGAAGACAAUAAUAAAGAUGCUGCAUUCAACUGUUUAAAUGAAGUGCAUGCAACUAGUUUGCAUGAGCAAUCUACCACCACCAAGAUAGUUAAAAAGGUUGUGGCGGAAGAAAUGUCAGUCGACUGCUCUGUGGGUGUAAUUACAUCAAAUGUGAAGGAGAGAGAAGAAACCUUAAAGAAAAAGAUUCCUCGUUUUUUGUCUUGUGAUGCAACAAAUGGUAACAACAGUGCAACUGGUUUUACAAAGAAAAAUCUUCUCAUACUUGAUGUAAAUGGACUACUCGUAGAUUUUGUUCCAUAUUGUCCACGUGGAUACACUCCGGACUUUGUAAUAUCACGUAAAGCAGUGUUUAAGAGGCCCUUCUGUGACGACUUUCUAAGCUUUUGUUUUGAGAGAUUUGAAGUGGGGAUAUGGUCAUCGAGAACCCGGAAGAACCUGAGUAUGUUAGUUAAGUCUCUUAUGAGAGAUUCCAGACACAAGCUACUUUUUUGCUGGGAUCAAUCGCACUGUACAGCUACAAGGUUCACCACUAUUGAGAACAAUAGGAAGCCCCUCGUUUUGAAGGAACUGAAAAAAAUAUGGGAAAAUUUGGGAACGAAUCUUCCAUGGAAAAAGGGGGAGUUCGAUGCAUCAAACACUUUACUGUUGGAUGAUUCCCCAUACAAGGCCUUGCGGAAUCCAGCUAAUACUGCAAUAUUUCCUACUACGUAUCAGUACAAGGACAGAGAUGAUACAUCAUUAGGACCUGGUGGUGUUCUUCGCACUUAUUUGGAGGGUUUAUCUACUGCAGAAAAUGUUCAAAAAUAUGUUGAACGGAAUCCAUUUGGUCAAAAACCCAUUUCCGAAUCUAGUCCAUGUUGGAAAUUCUACCGUAGGAUUAUAAAUAAUGAGAAGGGACGACGAUGAUUUAGGUGUUCAUUGGCUCUAGUAUGAAGUCUGUUCUAACUUCCAAGUAUAUGUAGCUCUUAUUCUCUGGAGUCAUUUCCGUGACAGGAUUCCCACAUGCUGAUGAUUAGUUCUCACAAAGUACGUGGCCAUAUUUUUAAGAUUGGUUCACAUGGUUAUUUGCUAUAUAGUAGUUCAUCAUCCGCUGCCAUAUUUGGUUAACCGUUGCUUGUCUUGCAAGAUUAGAAGAGCCUUUUAUCCCCUCUACACAUUUCAUUAGUUUCAUGUUUCUUUGUGGCAAAUUUUGAAAACUAAUCCGGUGAGUACAUAUUCACCGUUUUUCAUAAGGAUAUUUUCUUGUAGUUGUAGGUUACGAGCAUACAGAGAAUAUUUAGAGAUACACAGCUAGAAAUCCAGUUUACUCUAGCCAAUACAUUGCACUGUAUUUUGUAAUUUUUUGAAACGUUUACUACUGGUAGCUGAAAUCUAUUUCUGACAAGGGGAUGGAAGAUUCGUAGCGCAAUGUUAUGACAAGGAUGUAGUUUGAUUCAUUUAGGACACUUUUGCAAUGUACUUUGACGAUUAUGAAGAUUAAAUCUGAACUCUGCAAUGCUUGGUUAUCUCACAUAUCUUUAGAUUUAUGGGUUAUCUCUACAAAGCCAUCUGACUUAUAUGCUAUACUUCCAUCUCUUGCUCUUAAAUUUCUUUGUUCAGGUUUUGAGUUCAAGACAUUAUAGAAGCUCGUCUGCAGGAAUUUGAUUUGUUCUGUUGAUGUAAAAGUGAAGAAUUCCUGAAUAUUCCAACUCAUUGCAGGCUUUUUCAUAUGAUACCAAGAAAUAUUGAUUCUGUGGUUUCUACCACAAUUACCCAGGUGGGUGGCUUGCCAUCAAAAGAAGGGUUCAGCCCUGCAAGAGCUUCCUCUCUUCAAAUAGGGAAAAAAUUCACAUCCCAAGCUCAUAUUCGAUGCUGUAAAUGAGAUACUUAUUUAGUGGGCAAAAUAUUUUGAAACAAAUGUUAUGAAAUAGGACAGUUUCAAGCUAAGAAGUUUGAAUGCACUUCGACCAAGACAAGGAUGGCUCAAAAAGCAAUCUGCAUGCGUCAAUCAAGGAGUUGGACAGAUUAUCGUGGUAACGUUUAUGAUAUUGUGUUAGAUGUCGAGCAAUCGAUGUCAAAUACUUGGCGAGGCAAAAUAACCAUAUGGUAUGCAUUGGCAAUGGCUAGUUUGCUUGCAUUCUUACUGUUUUUUCA